CUUCCUUGUCGUGCAUCCUAAUACUCAUGGUUCUCUGACGAGUUGAAACGGCAGCGUUUAUCCGUAAAAACCAUCUGAAGGUUGUAAGCUGUCCUUCCUCCUGGUCCAUAUUGAAGUGAUCUAUUCUCGUGAACAUCCAUUGCUGAUUUCACAAAUUGGACCUCUUCUUAUCAGAUGGGCUACAUGACAGUCGAGACGCAGAGCUCCACUCUGCUCCAUCUCAAAAGAUCCCCAGGGAUCCGCUCCUGGUCUCUUCUUGUUGGUAUAGCAUCUGUGGGAUUGGCAGCCGCAUACUACAGCUCAGACAGCAUCCUCUGGAAGCUUUUCUAUGUGACCGGCUGUCUGUUUGUGGCCAUGCAAAACAUGGAUGAAUGGGAAGAGGCUGUGUUUGACAAAACCAAGAACCUGAUUGAGAUCAAGACCUUUAGUCUGUAUGCCCUUAUUCUGACCUUGUGGAGAAAAGGUCAAGAAAAAGUGGUAUUGGACCUGAGAACUCUGUGUGAUGUGUCCAUCCAAGAGGAGAGGGUUCGCUAUUUGGGGAGGGGCCAUGUACUGGUGCUGCAACUGGCCUCAGGCUUUUCCUACCCUCUUACCCAGGCCGCCACUCUGGGAGGACACGGUGAUGUGGAGGCAGUGGCCACAUUGCUGAAGCGCUUCCUGGAGCUGGAGGAGCUACAGCGACGCUGGCAGCAGGAGGAAGAGGCAGAGUAUGAGGAGGAAGAGGAGGAAAACUAUUUCGACCAAACCAGUGACUCGCAAGAGGAAGAGGAUUGAUUUUUUUUUUUUAGCUGAUGGCAUCUAGGCUAUUGCAUUGUCAGGUAUAUUAGAGGGUGUUCAAGCAUUUGCUGUUGUUACAUCAGGGAUGAAGUCUACCUGGAUCUUAAAAUGAAUGCUGUUCGCAGGUGUGCUCAAGAAACAAAGAUACUCUGUCCUUUUUAGCGACUCUGUAGUCGUUCAUCUGUAUGCCUUACAAACCUCUACCCGCGUUUUCAUAUCUAUAUGAUACAUCCGUCUAUGGAAAUUGGAAACGUUAAGACUGUUUGAUAAUUUAAUCACAGCAUUGAGAUGGCCACUGAAUCCGCUGCUCACGUUGAGCUUAAUGAGUGGGCAUUAUUUGUAAGAAAGAAGCAUUCUUGACAUAAUUACUGUGUGAGUUUCAUCUGGAGUACAUAGUUACUGUGCCUUCCUACUGUUCUGUAAUGUGUUUAUGUGGUAAAGGCAUUUGAAGGCACUCAGGUUGCCCCACAGUUGUGAAAAUACCAGUGGUUUUAUUGUGGACCACCCCGUUUAUAUUCCUUUUUGCAUGUUUACUCAGCAAACCCAAGAUCCAAAUGUAUGCAUGCGACUAGACCAUAAUAAAGCAUUAGGUGUUUUCAUGACACCGUUCAGAAUGAUUUAUGUGUGAAGGGUAAAAUACUUUUAUUGUAAUUUGGU